AUUGACGGAUCAAAGAGGACGAGUUUGACAUGCAACCCAGCUCUACUCAAAACAAAUAAUUUUGACGAUGCAAGUCAAAUAUUCAAUCCUUUAAUCUAUUUUAUUCUUAAUUUUUUUGUUAAUCAAUAAUUACUAAUUAGAGAAUGGUAAUGUAUACUUUUUUUUUUCUUUUUUAAAACGCUGUAAACCAAAAAGGGAAAAUCAUCAUGUAAACAGAGGGCAAAAAUUAAGGCCCGAUGGGGUAAGAUUCUUUGGACGCCAGGCGGUGAAAACAAAAGGGAAACCCUAAAGCGCCUAUAAAACAAGAAAUCAAUCAAUUAGCAGUUAAGUGAGGCGCAAGCUAUCGAUAAGCCUUUUUAUAUAACUCUUGUGUCCGCCUCUCGUUGAUUUCCUUCUUUCGGAUUCUAUAAGUUUAUCCUCUUCUUUCUCUUUUCUCAGUUUCUUGAUUUUGUUCAAUCUCAAUAUGGAUGAUGAUGAUCUACAGAGACCGUAUUCGGUUUGUACAAGAGAUGAUCUUAAAGAGAGGAUAACUAAACAGAUCGAUGUUAUAUCCGAGAUCUUCUGCGUUUCAACCUCCGAUGCCACCGUACUCCUCAUGAAACUCCGAUGGAACUCGCAGCUUCUUUCAGAGCGGCUGAGCCAAGAGAACAAGAAACUGUUGACUGAGUCAGGUUUGAAACCAGUUGUUGUUACCGACUCGAACCAAGAUUUGUCCGAUUCUUCUUGUGAUGAGUUUUAUGAGUUCUUUGAUGACGUCGAUGAUGAUGAUGUUAAAGUCUCCACACCCUUUUGUUCUCACAAGUUCUCCACUACUUAUUGGAGUAAGUAUCUUGACAAGAACUUCUUCUCCGUGGAGAAAACCCUAGAUACAAUCUCUUGCCCUCAUCAAGACUGUGGAGCUGCUGUUGGACGGGACACGAUCGAGAAGCUAACGGUGAAGGAUAAAAACAGGUACGAUGAGUACGUUCUGAGAUCUUACCUCGACACAAGCAAGAGACAGGUCAAACAGUGUCCUGCACAGGGCUGCAGUUACUUCAUUGAGUUUCACAAAGGGACCGAUGCUGAAGAGUACGGUUUAAACGUGGUGUGUCUAUGUGGUCACACCUUCUGCUGUAGAUGCAGCCUUGAGACACACAGACCUGUGACAUGCAACAACGCCUCUGAUUGGUUGUCUAGAGACUUACAGAAGCUGUCAGAGGCAUCAGAUAAGUCACUGAGCUUUUUAUGGAUCGAAGCCAACACGGAGCCUUGCCCUCACUGCCUAUCUCCUGUGGAGAUUGGUCUUGGUUCGCUAGACUCCAAGUUCGUUCCUUGUGGCUACUGCAGUGGUAGCUUCUGUUGGGACUGUAUGCAUUCUGAAGAAUCCCACAAAACGGAAUCAGGAACCUAUGGAGACUGUCUUGAACCGGUAGAGCAGGAUCCACUCUGGAACGUAGAAGUGGUGGAUACUUCGUGUUUGGAUCGCUGGGAGGCGUGUGAGGUUUCAUUGGUGGAAGCUAGAUCCGAGCUCCAAGCUUUCAAGGAAUCCGACAACACCAGCGAAGAGUACAUUAGGAUUGUAAGAGAAGGGCUGAUGCUGAUUGUUCAGUGCAGACAGUUCCUUAAAUGGACCUGCGUGUACGAACACAUCCACUUGGAGUACGAGGCCUCAAAGAAGGAGUUUCUGAGGUUCCUACAAGACUAUGCAAACACACUUGUCAAGAGCUACGCGGAGACUUUGAAGGAGGAAACAGGAAAGGGCUUGUCUGCUGCACAGCUUGUUUGCUCGAGGAGCAAUAUACCCGGCGUGACAAGCAGCAUUGGUAACUACUUUUAUAACUUCUCCAAGGCUUUAAAAGAUGGUUUGGACGCUGUGAAGGUGAAGCACUAUGACGACUUUGCUCCUUGCUGGUUGUGUGACCGCUGCAGCUAUGCAAACACUUGGCUUCAUAAGGCGUGUCAGAUGUGCUGUGAAUCUCCUGUGGUGAACAAGUGAUUCGUUUCUUAAUUAGGUUUCUUCUUAAGGAUAGAACAAAAGUAUUAGUGGACAAUUAAUGAAUCUUGAGAGUCUUUUGGUCCUCUGUCAAUUUCUUUUGAGUCUAGUUCUCGUCAUGUCUUUUCACCUGUUUGGAAAAAAUCAAUGUCUUUCGUCUCUUUUCAGUGUCUUUGCUCGGAAACUUCACACCACCUUGACGUUUUUAAUGGUUUACCAAUUACCACCAAUGCAAGAAACCACGAGAAAGCUCAAAAAAAAAAAAAACUGUGCAUAACAACUAUCAUCAUCGUUAUCAUACCACAACAAUCAAUUGAUUAUAUACAAAUACACAACUAGCUUUAUGUUACACAAAUAAAGGGUGUGUUUUCAAUACAACUAUUAGCUCGAAACAGUACUCUCUAAGUCCAAUUUCUUCAAAAGCUGUUCUCACUCACUCUCCAUCUCUCAGUUAUACACCAACAAUCCUUUGAAGCAGCUUUAACCACUCCAGAAAUCGCUAGUCUAUCUUCUGGUGAGCUUUCUUUGCAGAGAAUAGCCACUGCAUACCCACAUCCAAAAACUAUAGAUUAGGUUUCAGUCUUUUCAGACAACCUAGAGCUUUAAAAGAGUAUUCAAGUCUUGCAUGAUCAAGCAAGAGGAUGAUUCUCCUCUCUUUU